AUGGGUGCUCCAUCUGGAACACAAAAGCAGGAGCAAACUGAAAUACUCUUUCAGCAGUUUGGUAUCAACUACAAGGACCUUCCGCAGAUUUUUCGUCAAGGGUCUUGUGCCAUCAAGAUAAAGGUGGACGAUAUUGUGAAAUACCGUGAAGCUGGCACUCCUGUUAAAAGACCAAGGAAGAAAGCAAUCAUAGCUCACUCAGAAAAUGUAGCAACAAAAAGGUUCUGGAAUAACUACACAUGCCUUACCGAGGAACUUGGUUCGCUCGCUGAAGGGAUUAACAAGAUUAAACCCGAGUAUUUGAGGUCUUUCCAAUUUGAAAGCAGGUUGAUGUUAUCUACUUGGAUUGUAGUCCGGGUAGACGGUUGUCAUUUCCACAGGUUUUGUGAAGAUAAUGGCUUUCAGAAGCCAAAUGAUGAACAGGCACUGAAACUUAUGAACUCUUGUGCGGUUUCUUUGCUGGAGAUGUUUAAGGACAUUAUCUUUGCAUAUGGGAUGAGUGAUGAAUACAGCUUUGUUUUGAAGAAAGAUUCUCUAUUGUAUCAGAGGUGGUCAAGUGAAAUCGUCUCAGCUGUUGUAUCUCUUUUCUCUUCCAUGUAUGUGAUGAAGUGGAAAGAGUUUUUUCCUGAGAAAGAGUUUAAAGAACCACCUUAUUUUGAUGGACAAUCUGUUUGCUAUCCAUCAUCUGAGAUUCUUCGAGAUUACUUGGCUUGGAGACAAGUUGAUUGUCACAUAAACAAUCAGUACAAUACUUGUUUCUGGCUGCUUGUUAAGUCUGGAAAGAGCAGAACUGAAGCACAAAGCUCUCUGAAGGGUACUCAAACUCAAGAAAAAAAUGAAUUGCUUGCCAAGUUUGGCAUUGAUUACAAUGCGUUGCCAAUUAUCUUUCGGAUGGGGUCCUCUGUUUUCCGGGACAGAGAUGAACCAACAGGAAAUGACAGAGUAGUUGUUGAACACUGUAACAUAAUUGAGACGAGCUUUUGGAAAGAACAUCCAAGAAUACUCGAUGAGGAGGAAUCAUUGCUAACAAUUUUACGGCCCCAUAGCAAUAAAAUGCUUCGAUUGUCUUGAAGUUGAGGAGCUGCUACCUAAGUUAUUAACCAUAUCCAGUUUUAAUCACAUUAGAAAAAUAGUUCCAAACUUUGUCAAAUAUGUAGAUUAGCCAUUUGAUUUUGAUUUUUUCCCUUCACUCUUUUUCUUCUUUUAGAGAUUUGUCUAACAGAACUCUCCUGUAUAUUGCAGUUCACUCAAGUUCAUUUAGUAAACAAGAUUUUUGUGUUGUAUCA